AUGCUAACAGAGGAUGCCGAGCAAUAUGGUAAAUCGUUAAUAUCGAUUAUCAAAAGCUCAAAUAGUAUCAUGGAGUUGAUAGACAGCACAAUAGAGUUUAUUCAUUUGCCAAACAUUGUCACCACUUUGCAUUUUAAUAACUUUAUUACCCUCAAAAAAUCGAUUCAAGCCAAGGUCUCACAAGUGCCGAGAAGUUUAUUGGAAAAAGGAAGAUAUAGUUUUGACCAUACGAAAAAAGCUAUUCAUUCUUUCAAUACCCACCAACUAGCCCAAGUCUGUGACUUUUAUCACUUUCUCCACAACCUUUCUCACUGCGAAUGUGAUGGAAAGUUUAAACUAUGUACAUCAUGUUUAACAUCUGAACAAUUUGUAAUACAUCAAGACUACCUAAAAGUGUGGGUGAAAUAUGCAAAACCUUCAGGAGCCAGUGUUCUUUGUGUCCCCUUUAUUGGCAUUGAACAAUUUCUCAUCGACAACAAGCAGAAUUCUGACUAUAUUUCAGGGGUUGGAGGCUUAUCCGAUUUGGUGGCAAUCGCAAUGAGCGUUUAUGAAAAAAAAAAAGAAGAAAUAGAAAAGGAAAAUAAUGAAAAGGGAAUCCCCUUGGAGAAAAGACAGGACUAUACAACAGAGAUAUUUAGAAAGGAAAUCCUUGACGCCUUUAAACUUUAUUUUAAAACAAAGAAUAGUGCAAAACUAGACCCUUUGUUUUACAAAGACGAUGAUAUUAGUCACAACCUUUAUUUGGAAUCAGUUGAUCUUAAUAUCGAUACCCCUCCCGAUAGUUCAUUAAAAGUCGGUCAUUUGGUUAGAGGUAUUUUUGAAAGAUACAAAUAUGAAGAGCUACGUGACCAAUUCCAAACAACAAAGAAACGCUAA